AUGAAGGUUGGCUCGUUGGUUUACGCUUAUCAUGGCCCACUUAUUUACCAGGCCAAGAUCAUGAAAUUCCAUGCCAAAGACUCAGAAACCAUAGAAGUGGCUGAUGGGAACUCCGAACCUGUUAAAGACGAUGCGAAGCUUAAAGACUUGGCUACAGAUUCAUAUUUCAUACAUUAUCAAGGCUGGAAGAACAAAUGGGAUGAAUGGGUAGACCAAAGCAGACUCUUGGAGAUCAAUAAGGAGAAUGAACAAUUGAAGAAGGAACUAGAAAUGACCCUUAAACCUCGUAAACGAAAACAAGAGGAUCAACACUAUGAAGGUGGUGCUGGCUCUAGUAGUGCUGGGGCAGGCUCUAAUUCUGGCGCUGGAGCUGGAGCUAGCUCCAGCGCUGCUGGAAAUGGUACUGGUGUACGAAAGUAUAAGAAACGGAAAUCAGCAAACAUCUACGAGAUCACUAUAAAGUUCCCCAAUGAUCUUAAAUACUUAUUGGUUGAUGAUUGGGAAUUCAUCACUAAAAACAGACAACUCAUAUCAAUACCUGCGACCAAACCAGUGCACACGAUCCUCAAAGAGUACCUUCAGUUCAAGUCAGAACAAUAUGAGCACGAUCACCUUAAAGUUGAUGUCAUCAAGGAAAUGCUACAAGGUCUAGAAACAUAUUUCAACAAGGCAUUACUGUUGCUAUUGCUCUAUAAAUACGAGAGGCUACAGUUGUUGGAUCUAUUGAAGCAAGACAGACAAAGCAUCAACCAUUUCAGUGAGAUUUAUGGGGUGGAACAUUUGUUACGGUUAAUUUCAAACUUGCCAAGUCUAUUAAGUGAGACAACUAUGGAUAGUGUUAGUCUCGGGGUAUUUAUAAGUGAAUUGGAACAAUUGUUGAUGUAUAUUAAGGAUAAUUUGGGAAGUUAUAUCAAUGAGUAUGUCAAUACUCAUCCUAAUUACGAUUCACUAGCUAGGGCGUAA